AGUUUGUGAGAUAAAUUAAGUUUUUCUGUGAAUUUUACAAGGAAAUUGGUGGUAAAAGAUGCCAAAGAAGCGACAGCCUUUCUAUUUCUUCAUGCUGGAUGUGCAGAAGAAGAAUGCCGAGCGCGGAAAGAGGUAUUCUUUGCGUGAAAUGCCAGAAAUUGCUGCUCCCUUGUGGGCUAAUAUGACCAAGGAAGAGAAGAAGCCGUACGAGGAGCAGGCUAAGCACUACAAUGGGACGGAGAGAGCUGGUGGGAACAUUAAAACCUGCCAUGGAGUGGAUUAUUCUGAGGUUGAGAGGGAGCAGAGGCAGGCUGCCAAAGAAGAGAAGACGAUGAAGGAGGAAGUCCGGGAGAUGAUCAAGAGAGCAAUUCUCUCCCAGAGUUUAACUACGCAGAAGUUCUUCCUGAUUCACAUAAAUUACUUCUGCGAGUCCAAGGAUGUCAAUGGGGAUUUGAGGUAUGAUCCUGCAGAGCUUGCAAUUUUGGAAUUUUCUCUGCAGGAUGGCAUUGGAAGGGGAAUGCAUACCCUGAUAAAUCUCAGGGAAAUCCCCUAUGGAUACUACUAUGAAGCCAAAAGGCACAGCAGUGACACUCACAAUCUGCCACUUCCUCCGGAUACUGUCGGGAAUACAAAUAUCCGGGAUGCCAUAAUUGAGGUUAUAAAGUUUGUCAAUUACAAUGACGAGGAUAUCUGCUCGCCCAUUUUCACCUUCGACGACCACAUUCCCGUCGUUCGAAGUGUCAUCCGGGAAGUCCUGAAUUCCCGCUCAACUGGACCUCCGAUUGACAUUCGCAUCUACUCCCUGUCGGAGCUCCUCUUCAACCUCAAGAAUGCCUCUCACGAUCACGCUGUCGCCACUGCCUUGUCCCCUCCCUUCGCUUCCGUCUUCCUGGCCGAGAGCUACCUCGACCGUGGAACAUUUGAUUAUGCCGAAGGGCUUCCCUGUGAAUUCCACGAGGCCAAUGACAGAGUCCCUUAUUGCUCUCAGACCAAGAUCCGGGGCUGGGCAUUCAGCAUCAUUAAGAGCUGUGCCCAGGAUCUGGGCAUAGAAUUCGUGCCCGGGAAACAUGAACCCGAGUCAGCUUUGGCAAUUGUUCCGACGAAAUUCGAUGACAACGAUUCAGUUUACACCGCCACUGACAUCGGAUCGGAUGCCAAUCAUUCCCACAUUUCGGUUCACAGUCGCAACGUUCAGCAUUCCGGAUCUAUUGUCAACUCAGCCAACUUCCCCAAACUUGCCGAUUUCAAACGCGGAAAAGGACGAGGAAACUUGGUGUAAGCAUUGUCUUUUACCUCAGCUUUUUCACCUUGACUUUUUCUAAGGAAAUUUACGAGAUUUUCACGAAUCUCAUUGAUUAUGAAGUUUUGUAGUCAUUUAUAAAUUCUAUUUCUGCAAUUUUUGAAAUACUUAAGGACUUAAUUUUACAUUUAUACUUUCCAAAAACAAACUAACUUCUUUGAAAAGUAGAUUAGAAUAACAUGAUUUUUUCAUAGCAAUGAUAGCAUAUAAUAAAAUGUAUUUUGCUUUCUCAUCUUUUUCUACUAUUGUUAAGUGAUUGAAAUACACCAAAUGUACAAUAAGGAGAAGCAAAUGUAUAAUUUUUAUAAUUCAUUUCAAAAUAAAUAAAAGUCUAAAAUGAAGUGUUAAA